AUGGCAUCUGUUGAUAUCGAUGCCAUCUUGGCCAACCUGUCUCUCGAAGAAAAGAUUUCAUUGCUAGCUGGCGGCGAUGUAUGGUUGACCGUACCAAUUCCAGACAAAGGCGUUCCCUGUGUCAAGACAACCGAUGGCCCAAACGGCGCCCGGGGCAGCAAAAUCAAGGAUGGAAAGAGUGCAGCCUGCUUUCCUGCUGCUUGCAAUGUGGCCUCGACCUUCGACGUCGACAUUGCCCGUCGUAUCGGUAUGGCCCUAGGUGAAGAGACACUGACAAAGGGGGCCCGUUGCCUCCUAGCCCCGACUGUCUGCAUCCACAGACAUCCGCUUGGAGGUCGCAACUUUGAAAGCUUCUCUGAGGAUCCUUUCUUGACUGGUCAGAUGGGCAUAGCCAAUGUUAUUGGGCUCCAAUCCAUUGGGGUGUCAGCGACUGUCAAGCACUUUGCCGUCAACGAGCAAGAGACGCAGCGGCUCAAUGUCAACGCCGUCAUCGCCGAACGACCACUUCGUGAGAUCUACCUCAAGCCGUUCGAGCUCAUCAUCAAGAACGCCAACCCGUGGGCCAUCAUGACGGCAUACAACAAGAUCAACGGACACCACGCCGAUUCCAACGAGUACUUGCUGAAGAAAGUUCUCCGGGGUGACUGGGGCUGGACUGAUGGCUUAAUCAUGAGUGAUUGGGGCGGCGUCAAUUCAACGGCUGAGUCGAUCAACGCUGGCGUGGAUCUUGAGAUGCCGGGGCCCGCGCGUUGGAGAAAACCAGAAGUGGUGCUUGAAGCUAUGAAACAAGGCAAACUGACAGAAGAAACCAUCACCGACAGGGCUCGCAAAGUGCUUGCCUUCCUCAAGCGACUGAAUGCCUUCGAAAGCCCGAUCUGGAGUGAUCCAGAGGAACACGCCAUCGUCAAUCCCCAACACUCGGCUCUUAUCCGCGAAGCCGGCGCUAAGGGCAUCGUGCUUCUCAAAAACGAAAACCACUGCUUGCCUUUGACGAAAGAAAAAGUGCAAGGAAAGAAGAUUGCUCUUCUCGGUUAUGCUAAAGAGUGUCUCGCUCAUGGCGGCGGGAGCGCGUCGGUUAAGCCGCAUUAUAGGGUCACUCCGUGGGAGGCCUUCCACGAGGCAUUCAAGGGCCAAGAUGUGGAGUUUGUCUACUCUAAAGGCGCACAUACGUUCCGUCAACUCCCCCUUCUCGUCGAUCACAUUUUCGACCUUGAGGGAAGCCCGGGAUUCACGUACCAUAUUUAUGAACCGGGAAAUUCGACGCCUACGAAGACGAUUCACGGUUAUGACAAGUCCGAGAUGUCACUCCUGGAUGGGCACAUUCUGCACAACGUUGAGAUAGACCUCAUCGGUGCAUUCCAUCCGCCUGAGUCAGCCAGUUACUACCUCACUUUAUCCAGCCUGGGUCCAUCUAAAUUGUUCAUCAACGACAAGAUUAUACUGGAGCAAAAGGCCAAUUGUCCAGACGCAAUGGGCUUCCUGUUUGGAGGGGUCCCUGUCCCCAAAGUCCGCGUCCCCAUGGAAGCAGGCAAGAAGUACACCAUCCGAGUUCAUGCUUCACCGCCUGUACCCGAUGGAGACAAGGAUCUUGGCUUUCUGGAAGGUCAGGUUGGAGUGCGCUUAGGCUACAUGUCAUCAACGGAGCAUGACGCCGAUAUCCUGUCCGAAGCUGUCGACCUUGCCAAAUUAAGCGACUACUCCAUCAUCUUUACCGGAAACGACCCGGCGUGGGAGACAGAGGGCCAAGACCAAGCAAGCUUCCAUCUACCAAAGGACGGCAGCCAAGACCGUCUCGUCUCCGCUAUCGCAGCUGUAUGCUCGAACACAAUCGUCGUGAACAGCACCGGCGUCGCAGUGGCUUUUCCCUGGCUGCACCAAGUCCAAGGCCUCCUCCAGACGUGGUUCCCAGGCCAAGAAGCCGGAAACUCCAUCGUCGACGUUCUGACGGGCGCGCAAAAUCCCGAGGGCCACUUGACAUGUACGUUCCCGAAGAGACUCCACGACUGUCCUGCGUACGGCAACUUUCCCGGGGACAAGCACAGCACCCACGGCUUGGAGGUCAAGUACGAGGAGGGAGUGUUCGUGGGAUAUCGUCACUUUGAUAGGCUACCAGCUGAUGCAGUCAACUUUCCGUUUGGCUUCGGCUUAUCUUAUACGACCUUUGGAUUUGAAGAGUUUACUGUGAGUAAGCAAUCUGGAGACAUCUUUGCAGUUCAACUCCGGGUACGAAACACUGGAGCUGUCAAGGGUGCGACGGCGGUGCAGAUUUAUGUUGGCAGCAAGAACCCAUCUCUCAGCAACCCUAUCAAGGUUCUUGCCGGGCUGAAAAAGGUUACUUUGGAGCUAGGAUCGUCCACCAUGGUCGAAAUUCUUGUUGAGGCGCGUGACUUUGCCUUCUGGGAUGAGGAGACUCAUGGAUGGGUUGUUGAGGCUGGGGAGUACGAAUUCAGCGUCGGCAGAUCGUCCGCAGAGCUUGUGGCAAAGUUGGUAGUUCAGCUUGACCACAAGACCUUUGCACCUUGA